AUGCCAACUUUCGAAAUAAUCAGUACCUUGCUACUAGUGCUAGCAGGUACGCUUUUCUUGCUGAGAGUUUUGAGUGGAUUUUUGCCGCAUUUUGUUCGAACGCCAUCUGUGAAAUGGCGGAAGAGAGUCAACGAUGCUAUUAAAGCUGCAGAAAAGGCUACAAAUAAAAUUCCAGUUCUUGAUUUUGGCUGGAAAACAGGCAGCGUGAGACGGCAAAUGAUUCUAGCGUCAUUGAAACCUUCUGACUACUCUAAUAAAACUUAUGGUUCUAAAAUAGCUGUUGGUACACAAGAUCGUCAGAAUCGCGAAGAAUUCGUGAAUCGCAUGGUUGCCAGUGAAAGAGCCUAUAAAAGAAUUAUCUAUGGAUUUUUCCAUCCUUAUUGUGAUGCUGGUGGUGGAGGUGAGAAAGUCUUGUGGAAGGCUGUUGAGACAACGUUGCAAAGAGAUCCAGAAUGUGUCACAGUAAUCUAUACGGGUGACUAUGAGACGUCAGGCGAGGAAAUUCUCUCAAAAGUCAGUGAAAGAUUUGGUUACAAAAUUCAAGGCUCCAGGGUCGUGUUCAUUUUCCUCAAGACAAGACGGUAUGUUGACCCCAAGACGUGGCCGAAACUAACUCUUCUUGGACAGGCAUUGGGAUCGGUAAUUCUGGCUGUUGAAGCCUUGUAUAAGCUUUCCCCAGAUGUAUGGUGCGAAACAAUGGGAUAUCCGUUCACUUAUCCAAUUGCCAAAUGGGUCGCCAGGAUCCCUGUAAUAACUUACACGCACUAUCCAAUAAUAUCAUCAGACAUGCUGGACAAGCUAGUUCACAUGCGUGGUUACCAUAGCAGCAUCAAACUAAGGCUGAAGUCUUUGUACUGGAAGAUCUUUCUGUUUUUAUACAGAGGCACCGGAACCUAUGUGGACAUUGCAAGCACAAACUCCACUUGGACGCAAAACCAUAUCAAAAAAAUCUGGCCUGUUAGUGACAGCAGAAUCAUAUAUCCACCAUGCUCUACGGAGAAUCUGGUGUUCAAAGAAGACGGAAGCGGCUGGUCGAGAGAGAACCAGGCGGUUAUCAUUGCACAGUUCAGACCCGAGAAACGACACAGUCUAAUUAUCAGUUCGUAUGCAUCAGCACUUGAAGAACAAGAGCUUGGUAAGAGCGUGAGCCUUCCUAAGCUGGUUUUCAUUGGGUCCACCAGAACAGCUGAGGAUCGCCAAUACGUCGAAGAACUCAAGACAUUAUGCUUUGAAAAGUACGCUAUACCCAAGGACCUCGUGGAAUUCAAAACCGAUUGUGAAUACAACAUUAUGAAGGACUAUUUGCGUAAAUCUACUUACGGAAUAAAUGCCAUGUGGAAUGAGCAUUUCGGAAUCUCUGUCGUUGAAUAUGCUGCCUCGGGUUUGAUUCCUCUUGUACAUGCAUCUGCGGGACCACUUUUGGACAUUGUGGUGCCAUGGGAUAGCAAAAUGAAUCGACAGGUAUCUGAUUAUAAUGAUUCAACCAGGACCGGUUUCUUUUUCAAGGAUCCUUCCGAUCCUGACUUUGCAAAACAAAAGUCUAAGAAUUACAAGACUCUCAGAGAUAUUUUUCUACAAGUAACCACACUGAGUGACGAAGAAAAGCACGUCAUAUCAAAAAGAACCAAGAAAUGUGUCCUCAGUAAGUUUUCAGAUGAAACCUUUUCGGUGAAGUGGAAUAGAAUGCUCGAAGAUCUUCCAGAGAUCGAUUCCAGUCAUCAGUAA